UUGUGUAGAUUCAUGAGAUUAAUUUUUUAAAUACAUUUUUGGAUAAAGCUGUAAUGUAACAAAAUCGGGAAACAGUGAGGGGUCUGAAUACUUUCCGAAUGCACUGUCGACACACAGGCUUUACUUAUUAAGGAUAGUGGUAGGUCAUCAGUGAAAAUGUAAAACAGUAAAGAACCAAGACAGCUGCCUUGAGAUAUACCACACUCUACUUGGUUUACAUUAGAAAAGAUUCUAUGAAAGAAAACCCCCUGUGUUCUGUUAGAUAAGUGGCUUUCAAUCGUCCUUAAUGAAAUAUCCUCCUCAAGUAAGAAGUACUGUUACUUUAAUGAAAUGUUACUCAAGUAGAAGUACAAAUAUUGGUGUAAAAAAAACGACUAAUGUGACAAUAUAAAGUAGCUCAUUUGAAAUCAAAUCAAACUUCCAAACAAUGCAGUGAAAAUGUCAAACCAGCAAACAAAUAAUAAUACAAAUGAAUCAAAUUCACAUAAUGCUCAGAGUAAAAGGAAUUGAGGUAAAAUAAAAACGUUGACCUUGAUAAUUAGAUCAUUCCGCUAAGGUUAGCUGAAUGUUGUUACACGUUAUAUUUUCCCUGCAUUAAAUUGAAAAUAGAGAAUCAUGAACAGUAGGAACAUAGGGCAUUUGUUUUAUGAGUUGUAUAAAGGCACAUCUGUUACCUGGGCCCCCAUUGCAAAAGAGGUUUCUAACCUCAAUGCUCUGAAAGUAUAAGCCUCUAGUUGUCAGACAGGUUAUUCUGCAUUUCUAAUGAAAGGCAUGAUGGCAUAGGUGUGCCUCGUCACUAGUCUAGUUGACACUAACAAGAGCCCUCUAUGGACAAACAUGUCAUCAACAACUUCCAACCGAAGACAUCAUCUAACUCUGAUAGCUGCUCUUGGGGUUUUGUGUUCAGUGGUACUAUUUUUUGUUUACUUUCAACCCUCAUCUACUGCAUGUUCAUCUCGGUUGGAGGAUUUGCCAUUUUUGGCAAAGGGAGAUGUUUCCUCACCUACCAAAAAGCCUGUGGAAAAGCCACUUGUGUUGCUCUGGUUCUGGCCACUCGGUGUGAGAUGGAAUUUUUCGUUCUGCCAAACCCAUUUCAACAUCGAUAGCUGUGUUCUGACAGAUGACAGAUCCCUUUAUGACAAAGCAGACGGAGUGGUUAUUUUUCACCAAGACAUCAGCUGGGACCUGAAGAACCUGCCUCAGUCUCCUCGUCCACAUUUUCAGAAAUGGAUCUGGUUUCAAUUGGAAUCACCAACAAAUACUGCCAGAAAACCAGGUGUGGAAAACCUCUUUAACCUUACUUUGGGCUAUAGACGAGAUGCUGACAUCACAGUGCGAAAUGAAUUGACAACCGUGAAGAAUGAAAAGGACAGUGAGUUUGUGCUGCCCAAGAAGGAUAAAUUGGUUUGUUGGAUUGUGAGCAACAACAAUCCUGCAACUGGGACAGGAACCAGAGCAAAGUACUAUCAAGAGCUGGUCAAACACAUCAAGAUACAUCUUUUUGGUGCUGCUUUUACAGGGAGUCGUUUGAAGUAUGAGGACUAUUACUCAACCCUUGCUAGCUGUAAAUUCUACCUUUCAUUUGAGAAUUCAAUCCACAGAGACUACAUCACAGAAAAGGUGAAUGGACCACUUGUUGCAGGAACCGUACCAGUAGUCUUGGGCCCACCCAGAGAGAACUAUGAAAAGUUUUUCCCAGCUGAUUCUUUCAUUCAUGUAAAUGACUUUACUAAUGCAAAGGCACUGGCUGACUUCCUCCUCCAACUGGACAAGAAUGAUGAGAUGUAUGUAAGUUACUUCACUUGGAGGAGGUACCUUAAGGCCAAGCCCCACCUCCAGAGAAUAGAGCAAGAGUUUUCUCAACCUGUUUGUUUAGCCUGUGAAUACAUGGCAAGAGACAAAGGAUAUUAUAAAGUUUUCCACGACGUUUAUGAAUGGUACUUUGUUUGAGUGUUUAGCCAACAUUUUUGUUAGCACAGAAUAUAUAUAUUUGGCUUAGCUACAUAAUUCUGCUUUCUUUUUUUGUAUCAAUUCAAAGGUCAUUCAAGGUUUUGGGGUCUAUUUAUUUUUUUAUUUUGUAUUUUUUGUAAAAACAUUUAUUAAGCACUUUGGAAUUAGCUAACACUGUAAACUGUCAGGGCAAAAUUACAUACUUACCUGCUUUUGUUUAAUAUUAAUAGCAAACGUUAUACAUUUAACUGCUAAUGCUAAGUUUUUAUGGUGUCCACUCCAGCUUCCUGCAGUUUGUCUGGGCGUCUAGUUAAGGAAAUGGGUUUCGCUAGGGAUUGCUCGAGUUGACAAUGACUUGGUGAUAAACAUCUAAAAGCUGGCAUUCUAUAGACAAGAUGUGGUGUAUAUGACCCGAGAUAGAGAGAGCCUAGAAGAGUUUAGAACAAUGCCUCAUUGUCUCAUCUUCCUGGCAUCUGGGAAGCUAAGCCGGGUUGAAUGUAAAACAUCCCCUGCAGAUGACCAGGAGAUGGACCAAGAUGGCUUAUGGGAAGGGUAGAAAUGACUGACUAUGCAUUUAGGGCCUAUAUAAGAUCUGUUUUUUCAUUAUAAGUUAAGCUCACAGCAACACAACUUAGAGUGUGCGGUCAACGGUUUCAUUAUUGCAAUAAUUAAUCGAUGAUGAAUAAAGCUGAUUGUCCAUGUC